UCGCAUCGCGGUUCAUGAAGAGUUCACAAGCUUUAAGCUUCCUUCCACGCAGAGACUCUCUCUCUCUCUCUCCCCCCUCUUCUUCUUCUUCUUCUUCCCCCUCCUUCCCUCCCCUUCGUUCUACCCCCUUUCCCCCUCUUUUUGCAUUUCUCACCCCUCUAUUUUCCUCCCCCUUUUUCCUCUAGAACGCUCUCUCUCUCUUUGACGUGGAUUUUUUUAAUCAAAGGGAAAGCCCUGAAUGUAGUGAACAAUUUGCUUUGAAAUGGAGUGCUGUCCAGAACUCUUUAUUAUUAUUAUUAUUAUUAUUAUUAUUAUUAUUAUUAUUAUUAUUAUUACCACCACCACAUUUGGCCCAGCAAGGGGAAAUACACCUUUAGGAAAAAGGCUCUUUAAUUUUCUCCCAUACUCAAGAGUAUGACUGCGAAUUUUAGGAUUCUUUUUCCAACAUGGAGGUUAAAGGGAGUGAAAGAGCUUCUAAUAUUAUCUUUCUCCACCCUUACCCGGGCUUUCCCAUCGAUCUUGUCACCAGCCAUUUAAGCGUCUUGAUUCUUGGAUUCUAUCUUUAUUUUUAUUUUUAUUUUUAUUUUUAAAAAAGAUCUCUUGCAAAAGUUCCCUAGAAGAGAGGCGUUUAUUUAAAGGCUGGAUUCUUCUUUCAGAAUAAAAAUGAAACUUCCAAGCAAGCAAGCAAGAACUUCUGGGGUUACAAUUUUGAGGACUAAUUUCCAAUGCACUCACUCAUUUCCUAUUUAUUAUUCCAGUGGAGAUUUCGGGGUGCUUUUUGAAAUACAUACCCCAACCACUACAAUAACAAUUCCUUGGAGUAAAUCAUUUACAAUUCCACCCAUCUCCGACUAAGAUAAAUGACCGACAUUUGGGACAUGUUGAAAGAUGAGAUACAAAAGGGGACCAAAAUCUUGGCUACUGAACGUAGAAGACCUCCUUGGAUUCAUUUUUGAGAAGGGCAGAAUGGGAAUUAAAUUUUAAUGUACUGUUUAAUUUUCCUUUUAAAAACAAAUGAAAUAAAAUCAUUUGUCCUACAUUUCAUAGGCCUUCCAGAGGUUCCAGAAAAUUCAAAACAAACCAGUGAGGCCUAGUAAAAUUAUAAUUAUGGCUGAACUCCUUAGCCAAUUUCAAUGAACCCAGUCUUUCAUUAUCAAAUUAAUGAUUAUUGCAUUUCUUCUUUAUUUUUAAUCAAUUCAUUGCUAUGAGAGUACUAGACUAUUUGUGUCCUCUAGGAAACAGCUGAAAUAAGCCAGCAACUCUAUCAAUUCUUUCCAGUUAACACCUAGCAAGUAUUUUAACAGCCAGUUUUUACAGCUAAGCCAUUGAAUAUACUUAGGGCCACAACAGAAUUUUAGAGCUGUUGUGCAAACUACAGAAUUUAUACAGGCAUAAACAGAGGAGGAGGAGGAGGAGGAGGGGCAUGUGGGUGGUUAUGAAGUCUGAAUUAUAUUUGUGUUUUGAAUUGUAUACAUGCAGGGAGGUCAGGAGGGAAAGGUUGCUAUGUGUAUGUGUGUUCCUAUGUUCAGAACUGGCCAUUAUUGGAUUACAGUAUUAUUUUUGAUUCUGAAGGGGCAGUAGAAUAGAAUGUAGCUCACUGGAAAGAGACAUUUGAAAUACAGAAAACAGUAAAACAGGAUAUAUAUAUAUAUUUCCUCAGCUGAUUCAUUUGCUGGCCCAUUACAUAAUUCUAACCUUCUUGCACUCUUCCAACGUGGAGAAAAUGCGUCCUUAGAGGAGAAAAAGGGGUCUUCCCCCCUUUUUUCCUUUCCUUUUUCUUUCUUUGGAGGGAGGAAUUUCCCCACCCCAAGGAAAGGGAUGAGAAACCAAACAUAAAAGUUGAAGGGGAAGAAAACCAAGAGAACCAAAUGGCUCAGUGACAAAAUAGUGUUAUGUUUUAUUUUGUUCAAAGAAAAGAUGAGAAGCAAUAGAGAGAAGCUAUGCUUUAGGGAAGAGGCUAGACUAACACCUUGAGCUGCGGCUGAGCCAGGAUUUUAAUGACUGCAGGGAAGAGUGGUUUCCAUUGUCUGUUUCCAAACUGUAACCAGAGUUGCAAAAACAACACGAAAAACAGCAUCAAAAGAGCUAACAUCAAAGAAUUCAGUACAUGCCUCCAAAUCUGACUAUGUCCCCGGCCAUCACUCUCUCCACUAGAAGCCGUAGCUGGAGUCCUACAUGCGCACUUUCCUGGGAGUAAGCUCCCUUGAACACAUUGAGACUGACUUCUGAGUAAGCAUGCAUACCAUUGUGCUGUCAGCUUCCAAAAGACACCGGGGAAGGCCUCCACACCACGUGACCUCGGGGGUGCCAAUGUCCUUCCAUGAGGGGGUCAACAAGAGCCUGGUAGCAGCGAGCGAGAAUCUCGGGGAGCCCCAGCGAUGCAGAAAACAACCUAUUACGACACCUCCACGCUCUUCGGGGGCUACUCCUAUCAGGGAGCCAAUGGUUUCGGGUACGAGGGCCCUCCGCCUCAGGCUUUCCAGCCUGCUGCUCAUGUGGAGAACGACUACCAGAAGCCCGCCUGCACCCUCCAGUCUCUUGGCAACGCCGCCCCCCUGGCCAAAACGAAAGACCUGAACGGGAGCUGUAUGCGCCCCAGUCUGCGUCAGGAGCACCACCCAGCCCCGCCUGUCUCGCCACCCCCAAAUACUAUCACCGCCAACAGCAGCAGCAGUAGCAACAGCAGCAGCAGCAGCAGCAGCAAUAACCAUAGCCAGCCUGGGGGGGUCAAAAGCGUCCCCAGCAAAUCCAGCCUGGGCUCUAGUAACGCCGCUCUCACCAAACAGAUUUUCCCCUGGAUGAAAGAGUCGAGACAAAACUCCAAGCAGAAAAACAGCUCCCCAAGCGCAGAAAGCUGCAGCGGCGAGAAAAGCCCUCCGGGCUCCUCGGCUUCCAAGAGGGCCCGCACGGCUUACACCAGCGCCCAGCUUGUCGAGCUGGAGAAGGAAUUCCACUUCAACCGCUACCUUUGCAGACCCCGCCGGGUGGAGAUGGCCAACCUGUUGAACCUGAGCGAGAGGCAGAUCAAGAUCUGGUUCCAGAACCGGAGGAUGAAAUACAAGAAGGAUCAGAAGUCAAAAGGCUUGGGGUCUUCCUCGGGGGGCCCUUCCCCGACGGGGAGCCCUCCCCAAGCCAUGCAAUCCUCCGCAGGCUUCAUGAGCGCCCUUCAUCCCAUGACUUCAAACUAUGACGCCCCCUCUCCGCCCCCCUUCAACAAAGCUCACCAGAAUGCCUACACCAUGCCCACUGCCUACCAAAACCCCAUCAAAAGCUGCCCCACCCAACAGAAGUACACAAACACGGCGCCAGAGUACGAUCCGCACGUCCUACAGGGUAAUGGGGGAGGCGGCUACGGCCCCCCCAAUAUGCAAGGCAGCCCGGUGUACGUGGGCGGCAACUACGUGGAUUCUAUGCCCAGUUCCGCUCCGUCGCUUUACGGGCUGAACCCCCUCCAGCAUCACCAGCCCCCCAGCAUGGAGUACAACGGGGGCCCCCAGAUGGGCUCCAACCAGCACCAUGGACCUUGCGAGUCCCAUCCAACUUACACAGACCUUUCCACCCACCACGCUUCUACUCAGGGUAGAAUCCAAGAGGCGCCCAAGCUGACCCAUCUGUGAUGAGGGGCACGACAGACUUGGUGGGGUGGGGAAGUGAAUAGAGAACGGGGAGGGGGUUGCUGGUUGGGUCGGUUUGUUGGUUGUGUUGGAGAGUGUUGGUUGGCUCUCUUUUUUUUAAAGAAGAAAAAGCAUCUGUGUUGAAACCUUUUAAAAAGCCGUCAGAUGGCCCCCCUGCAAAGUGAAAACUGUUACCACCUGGGUGAGUCACUGUUGCCUCUUGUCACUUCCUUCUAUCCCAGCCUGCCCCUACCCGCUCCACUCCCCCUCCAGCAAGAGCAGCAGAUGGGAAUCGAUGUUGAUCAAGAGCUGACUUUCCAGGGCUAAAAUGAAGUGCAAAGGGCUUAGCCUGCCUGGCAGAUACGUCAUUUGAUUUGGAAACCUUUCUACCAAUCCCAUUCUCAGAACGGGGGUUGUGGGGGCGUGGCUUGUGUUUCCUUAGUGGAGAACAAGAUGCUCUCUGUAUGUACUGACAGCGCAAAGUCCUCUUCAUACUGCGAAUCUGAGCCUUCAUAUUAUAAAGAAAAAAGGGAGGGGCAGGUCCCGUGGCUGGUUCUAAAGGACCCUACUUUAAAUUAAGUCCAGAUUUAAACCGAAUGUGUGAAGCCAGUAAGAUUUCUUGGCCUCCAUGUAGGAAUCUUCUUUUUUUCUUCAGUGCAAGCUCGCUCUGUUCCCGCAAAUUCUGGGCAUUUUGGUCGGACUAAGGCAAGUCUGCAUAUCAAUAAAGUAGGAGAUGGGAGACUAAGGUGACAGGAUUCUGGACUGUACCUUUUCAAACUCCAGGUGUGUGUGUGUACAUAGAUGGCGUUUAUUAAAUGCUGUCCCCCAGAAAAAAAAAUCAAAACAAAACACUGCCGGCAGUAAACCAGCACUUAUUUCUGAUGUGCUAAUUUUCUAGUGUAGGGAGUAUUCAAAAACGCAAUUCUCCAUAUGUAGUUUGAAGUGGGAUAGUUUAAGCACUUUGCUAACUCAUCCUACCACCUAGUUCUCUGUAACCAUGGAAAUACCCUUAUUACUCCUAAGUAAAUCUACAUUUUAAGCAUCCUCAGUUGGAAAGAAGUGCCACUGAAAUCAGUGAGACUUCCAAACGAGGGAAGUGCCACAUAUCCAGUGUGCUCCAAGCCCACCUCUUGAAACCACCCUUUUGUGUGUACCAUCUGGGUGGCAAAGAACUCAUCCCCUCACUUUCAUGAUCAUGGUGGAUGGAGUGGUGAUUCAAAACUUUGUUACUGCCAAUUAUUCCAAAUUAAAAGUGUGUGGCCUUGUUUAUGUGCCGUAUAUAGAGCAUAAAAAGUAAAAACAGCAGAAUAUUUUUUUUCAUAUAAGAUAGCUCCUUUCCUUUAGUACAGAUUGAUUAUUAAUAAAGUGAUUAAAAUAGCUUGCCCAAGGUUAUCCUACAGACAUCAAUCCUCAAGGCGCUUACUUAGUAAUAAGACUUGAAGGGCACAAUCCAGAGGGUAAUGCUGUUGCAAAUCAUUCCAGUGGAACAUGCUGGGAGAACUUGCUGCUAAAUGUUGCCAUUAUGUCCACAGAAUACUCCUCCCCGACCUAAAAUCUCUUAGACUACAAUCCUAUACACGCCUACCUGCAAGUAUAUCUCACAGAACUCAAUGGGACUUCUGUGUAGGCGUAUAUAGGGUCGCACUAUUAAUUGUAAUAAAACCCAUUUCGGGUGUGUGUAUUGACAAAUGCAUUUGUUUACAAUUGUAGAAGUCUACAUAGGUGUUGUAGAGACAAUCAGGUACAUAUAUAUCAGACAUUAAAGGCUUUGUUUCAAGCAAGGCCGGUUUUUUUAGAACAGUGAACUCGGAGAGAGGGAUCAUCAGUGAAUUUAACCCCUUCUACAAUACUUUUGAAAAUCUGAUAAAUAAAUUAACAAUUCGUGAAGCCAAUAAAUCGAUUCCAAAUUUGCAUUUUAAAUUCAUUUUUGUCCUGAGGUUUCGACACAAAUGUUUUGAAUGUAGAAAUGGGUGUUGAUUUUUUUUAGAAAAAAUGCAAGAAUCCAUCGAUAUAGACAAUUUAAUUUCCUUUUUAAAAGAAAAAAAGCAUACAAUAUGCACACAAAAUUGUGGUCGUAGAUCGUGAAUUCACCCAGUAUUCUUAAAGAUGUCCUCCUCCCCCACAUCUAAAUAAGAAAUCUAUCAAACAGCACAAGCAAAGUCCAAGACUUUCAGUGGAAAACCACCCUCACCAAGUGUUCCACUCCCACCUUAUCUCCACCACAUACAAACUUGCAUUUUCCUUCUUAAGUUGGUUCCCCGCCCCCUUGACCCCUUUCCUCCGCCAGCCCUACAAUCCCAUUAUCCAAAAACACACACCGUUGCAAAAAUCUGUACGGUUACAUAUGUUGCUCUCCUUUAAUUCUACUACCCGCCAGAAUUUGUCAAGCACUGGGGAAGGGGAGAAAAGCGAGAUGCCCCUUUGUAAACUAAUUUCAACAGCAAAACUGGGCUGAAAAAAAAAAUCCAAAAUGGACAAGGGGAUGACAUUAUGAAAAAAAACCCAUUGAGACCCCCUUUCCUUCCUUCCUUCCUUCCUUCCUUCCUUCCUUGUGAAGUGAUGGCCUUCCCCCGUUUCUUUAGGGUUCGUUAAGGGUCGGGGGAGUCUCACGUCUAAGGCGUCUUGCGUUCCUUUGCGUCUCUUCUCUUGAACGUGAAAACAGGGUAUAUUUGAACAGAAACUGUUAUGUCCUCCAAAUGGAAGCGGAAGGAAACGGCCCUUUGGGGAGGGGGCGUGUUUCAUGACGCUUCCUCUUUGGUCUGGCAUCCUUCUUGCACUUAGAGUUUACAUUUUAAUGAGUAUAUAUACCAACUUUUGAAGGACACCCAUUGGAGACGUCUUUCAAAGGGGGUGUGCGUGUGUUCCAGUGAACAUUCAUAUAUAUAAAUAUAUAUAUAUAUUAUAUUUAUUGGUUAUAGCCAGUUUUAAACUAUUUUUCUUUUGUUUUGUAUUAUUUAUCCCCAGCAUUUAUGUAUUUAUAAGAAAAAUGUAUUUCUCUCUCUCUUUUUUUAGUAUUUACUUGUUAUAAAGGAAUAUGGUGUUUUUUCCUUGUCAUUGUACAACCAGUUUUUCUUUUCUCUUUCUUUUUUUACUUAUUGUAAUUUAGGGAAAAGCCAGUAGUUACCUUCGUACUUAAAAUAAUGUGUUUAGUUCUACUGGAGGCAUGAAAUCAGAGCCAGGCUGUAAUUGUAUAGUCCUCAGUUAGAAGAACUAGCUAACCGCCCCUUUCUCCUCUUCCUCCACCACCACUUCCUCGUCCUCUUUUUUGAAACAUCUUUCUUUGUUCUUUACAGUAGAUAACUUUAUUUCUUUGCUUAAGGGUUGUCUGUUGAACAAUUCUUGAAUAAACUUUCUGUUCUUAAUUUGCUCUUGUUCCAUUGGUCGGAUUUGAAAACAGAAAAGAGGCUUUGGAGCUGUCAAACAGAAAAACAUUGCUUUUAAAAAAAAUCUAUUUUUUUGAAAUAUUAACAAGAAAGACAUGUAUCUAUUUCCUCCUCUCCCGCUUACCCCUUAGGUUAUGACUGCCGUUGCUUUGUUUUACAGCUUAUAAAACUGGAACACUUUCUCUAGCUGAUUAUGUUUACUUAAAAAGUUAAUCGCUAGGGGGUUCAUUUCUUGUCCGCCUCCCCCGACCUCCGCCUCCCCCUUCCCUUCCACUUUGAAAAUCUUGUUCUAAAUAGUCUCACGCCAAUUAAAAUUACCCCUCAUCUUUUGUGGAUACAAAGGAGGCCGAUCACGUGCCGUCCAGACUAAACAGCCAUUGGGCCUAAAAUGAAAACAAAGGAAAAUGAUUAAUCAUAACAAAAGGCACACGGGGCUUUCUUGCUGAAAUU